AGGCUCAGUAUAGUUCAGCAUCCUCCCCGUAGGCAGCAGCAGGCAGUCAACAGAACAGAGACAUUUUGUCUUCUAGGAGGUGGUGGAGCACACAACGCAAACCCUCCCUGGACCCCAGGCUAUAGCAGGGUAUCUAGGCUAUACAAGAAUAUACCCUCUACCGGUGGUGUUAUUUCUGCCUUGUGUCUUCUUCCUGCUCUGAGGGAGGGGAGAAGAGAAGGGAGGUGGGCUGCCAGCUGGUCUGUGACAGUCAGACAGAGAGAGAGACAGAGCCGGAGGAGAGGAGACUGGAGGCUGUGGAAACAAGACGAGAGAAAGAGAGAGGAACUGGAGUUGGGUAGAAAGACGAUUAACAGACGAGGAGAGCAGAGCAAACAAGCUUCUUAAACCGGACGGGGCAUUAAAGAGGUGUUGCUCUCCAUCUCCCAGGCCCUGUAUUUAGGCCCGUUUCCAGAGGCACUCCGUGCAGGCUGGUCCUAGGCAGGAGGCACCAUGUCCGGGGCCUCUGUGAAGGUGGCGGUGCGGGUCCGCCCCUUCAACUCCAGAGAGAUGGGGAAAGACAGCAAAUGUAUUAUCCAGAUGUCAGGAAACACAACCACCAUCCUCAACCCCAAGCAGCCCAAAGAGAACAAGAGCUUCAACUUUGAUUACUCGUACUGGUCACACACCUCGCCCGAGGACAUCAACUUUGCUGGCCAGCAGCAGGUGUACAAGGACAUUGGUGAGGAGAUGUUGCUCCAUGCCUUCGAGGGAUACAACGUCUGUAUCUUUGCCUAUGGCCAGACCGGAUCUGGGAAGUCCUACACCAUGAUGGGCAAGCCGGACUUGAAGGACCAGGAAGGCAUCAUCCCGCUGAUGUGUGAAGACCUCUUCACCAAGUUCAACGACAGUAAUAACGACAAUAGCAAGUCCUACUCUGUGGAGGUGAGCUACAUGGAGAUCUACUGUGAGCGUGUGCGUGACCUCCUGAACCCUAAGAAUAAGGGGAACCUGCGUGUGAGGGAACACCCCCUGAUGGGGCCAUACGUAGAGGACCUGUCCAAGCUGGCUGUCACCUCCUACAACGACAUCCAGGACCUCAUGGACUCUGGAAACAAGGCCAGGACGGUGGCCGCCACCAACAUGAACGAGACUAGCAGUCGCUCCCACGCUGUGUUCAACAUCAUCUUCACUCAGAAACGACACGAUGUUGAGACUGAUAACACCUCUGAGAAGGUCAGCAAAAUCAGCCUGGUGGAUUUGGCCGGCAGCGAGAGGGCCGACUCCACAGGAGCCAAAGGGACCCGGCUCAAGGAAGGAGCAAACAUCAACAAAUCUCUGACCACUCUGGGGAAAGUCAUCUCUGCCUUGGCCGAAGUGGAUUCUGCACAAAAUAAGAACAAGAAGAAAAAGAAAGUGGAGAGUCACAUCCCUUACAGAGACUCUGUGUUGACCUGGCUACUGAGAGAGAACUUAGGGGGAAACUCUCGUACUGCCAUGGUUGCUGCUCUCAGUCCAGCUGACAUCAACUAUGACGAGACUCUCAGCACACUCAGGUAUGCAGAUAGAGCCAAACAGAUCCGCUGUAACGCUGUCAUCAAUGAGGACCCUAACAACCGAUUGGUCCGUGAGCUGAAAGAGGAGGUGUGUCGCUUGAGGGACCUCCUCCUAUCCCAGGGACUGGGAGACAUCCUCGAAACGUACAAGGGGCCAGCGCUUGGCACUGACGUUGCUGGUUUGAAAUUGACCAAUGCCAUGACGGGGAUGAGCCCCUCCCCCUCUCUGUCCGCUCUGUCCAGUCGAGCCGGAACCAUCGCCAGCCUCCACGACCGCAUCAUGAUCAGCCCUGGCAACGAGCAGGCCAUCGAGAGACUCAAGGAAACAGAGAAAAUCAUCGCAGAGCUCAAUGAGACCUGGGAGGAGAAACUUCGCAGAACAGAAGCCAUCAGAAUGGAAAGAGAGGCCCUGCUGGCUGAGAUGGGUGUGGCCAUGAGGGAAGAUGGAAUAACUGUGGGAGUUUUCUCCCCCAAGAAGACUCCUCACCUGGUGAACCUUAACGAGGACCCCCUGAUGUCAGAGUGUCUGCUGUACUACAUCAAAGAUGGCAUCACCAGGGUCGGUCGUGUGGACGCCAGCAGCAGACAGGACAUUGUCCUCAGUGGUCACUUCAUCAAGGACGAACACUGUACCUUCACCUCCACCACGGGACCCAUGGGAGAAAUAGCAGUCACUCUGGAGCCCUGUGAGGGAGCUGAGACCUACGUCAACGGGAAGAGGGUCACAGAGGCUACAGUCCUCAAAUCAGGGAACCGCAUUAUCCUGGGUAAGAGCCACGUGUUCCGGUUCAACCACCCAGAGCAGGCGCGCCAGGAGCGGGAGAGGACGCCCUGCGCUGACACCCCUGUGGAGCCGGUGGACUGGGCCUUCGCACAGAGAGAACUGCUGGACAAACAGGGCAUCGACAUGAAGCAGGAGAUGGACCAGAGGCUUCAGGAGCUGGAAGACCAGUAUCGUAAAGAGAGGGAGGAAACCCACAACCUACUAGAGCAGCAGAGGCUGGACUAUGAGAGCAAACUGGAAGCCCUUCAGAAACAGGUGGACCGUUAUUACCCUGAGGUAAUAGGAGAGGAUGAGGAGGAGUCUGAGGAGGAAGUUCUGUGGACAGAGAGGGAGACGGAGCUGGCCCUGUGGGGUUUCAGGAAGUGGUGCUGUUACCAGUUCACUUCCCUCAGAGACCUGCUGUGGGGAAACGCCAUCUUCCUCAAGGAGGCUAACGCCAUCAGCGUGGAACUCAAGAAGAAGGUCCAGUUCCAGUUUGUGCUGCUGACCGAUACCCUGUACUCCCCUCUGCCCACUGAACUGCUGCCCCCUGAGGCAGCCAAGGACAGAGCGACCCGCCCGUUCCCCAGGACCAUUGUAGCUGUGGAGGUACAGGACCAGAAGAAUGGGGCCACACACUGCUGGACCCUAGAGAAGCUCAGGCAGCGUCUGGACCUGAUGAGAGAGAUGUAUGACAGAGCAGCAGAGGUUCCCAGCAGCACCAUAGAAGACUGUGAGAACAUCAUGACUGGAGGAGACCCCUUCUACGACCGCUUCCCCUGGUUCCGUCUGGUUGGCAGGCCACUAUCUAACUUACUUCCCAUGUUUAUGGCUACCAGCAACCCCCUUUUCAACGCGUGCAUGAGCGAGCGCAUGAGUGAUCCCACUCCCUCCCCCACUCCUUCCACCACCCUCUCCACCUCCGAGCAAACGGAGCUGGCCGACACUCGUCCGGAGGGACGAGGAGGAGGGGAGGAGGAGGAGUUGGAUGCUUUGCAGGAUCUGAACGAUGAUAUAUUUUUGGACGACCCGUGCUCGGAGCUCGGGGAUGAUGAUGAUGAUGAUGAGGGAGAGCCGUGCCGAGGAGGCUCCAGCGAAGGCCUGGAUCCCUUUUAUGACCGCUCUCCGUUAUUCAGUGUAGUAGGAAGGCUGAGUCGUGCCCCGCUGGUCUGUCCCGUACUGGGGCGUCCCAGGAGGAGCUGCGUUUCGUGGAGGGGGAGGGACAGAACUCAGAGAUCGGACCCUCAGCCGAUGAAGUCAACAACAAUACAUGUGCGGCCGGUCCUGAGGAGUUGGAGAGCCCCUUGAAGGCCAACCUGGAGGGAGGAGCUCUGGACGGAACCCUGGAACACCUGAGGAUAGGUAACAUCUUCACCUUCAGAGUGACGGUCCUCCAGGCCUUCAGCAUCUCUGCAGAGUACGCUGACAUCUUCUGCCAGUUCAAUUUCAUCCACCGCCAUGACGAGGCCUUUUCCACAGAGCCUCUGAAGAACACAGGGCGAGGUCCUCCUCUGGGCUUCUACCACGUACAAAAUAUUGCUGUAGAGGUCACCAAAUCCUUUGUGGACUACAUCAAGACACAGCCUGUGGUGUUUGAGGUGUUUGGUCACUACCAGAAACAGCCUACUCUCUGCAAGGAGCUCAUCAGCCCCCUGCGUCCCAGCAGAAGGCAGUUCCCUCCAGUCAUGCCCCUGUCCAAACCAGUCCCUGCCACCAAGCUGACUGCCCUGAUGCGUCCUACAGCCGGGCCCUGCCACUGCAAGUAUGACCUCAUGGUGUUCUUCGAGAUCUGUGAGCUGGAGGCCAGUGGAGACUACAUCCCAGCAGGAGUGGACCAUAGAGGAGGCAUGCCUUGCCAUGGGACGUUCAUGCUGCACCAGGGUAUUCAGAGGAGAAUAACUGUGACAAUCGUUCAUGAGACAGGUGAAGACAUCGUGUGGAAAGAUGUCCAGGAGCUGGUUGUGGGGCGUAUCAGUAACUCUCCCGAGGGGGACGAUACCAUCGUAGACCCCAACAUCCUCUCUCUCAACAUCCUGUCAGCUGGGUAUGUCAGACCCAUGCAGGACGACAGACAGUUUCUUGAUUCGGACAUGCCUAGGACAUUCUAUCGCUUCGAGGCUGCCUGGGACAGCGCCAUGCAUAACUCCCUCCUCCUGAACCGGGUCACUCCUUACGGACAGAAGAUCUACAUGACCCUGUCGGCCUACCUAGAGAUGGAGAACUGCACUCAGCCCACAGUCAUAACCAAAGAUUUCUGUAUGGUGUUUUACUCUCGAGACGCUAAACUCCCGGCCUCCCGCUCCAUCCGAAACCUGUUUGGCACCGGAAGCCUGAGGACAACAGAGGGGAACCGAGUGACAGGUGUGUACGAGGUCAGCUUGUGUCACCUGGCGGAUCACGGGAGCCCAGGAAUGCAGAGGAGACGUCGGCGGGUGCUGGACACCUCGGUGGCAUACGUCCGAGGGGAGGAGAACCUGGCUGGGUGGAGGCCACGCAGUGACAGCCUCAUCCUGGACCACCAGUGGGAACUGGAGAAACUCAGCCUCCUACAGGAGGUGGAGAAGACGAGACACUACCUGCUCCUGAGGGAGAAGCUAGAGUCCACCCUGCUGUUGGAUCAGGAAGGGUUGUUGUCCUGUGUGUCUGUGGAGCAGAGUGAGUCCCCUCAGCCUUCCGAAGGCCACGCCCAGGACCUCAGCCCCACAGCUGACGCCCCCAACGAGAGGCAGAGGGAGCUAGCCGCUAAGUGUCUACGGCUACUCGCCCACUCCUUCAACAGAGAGUACAGCCAGGUGUAUGUCAGCGCCAGUGAAAGCAAGCUGUCUGAAAUGUCAGUGACUCUGUUGAGGGAGUCGACCUCUGCCACGGCCCUUGACACCCUCACCCCCUCCUCGACGUGCCCUUCAUUGGUGGAGGGAUGCUACCCCAAGACUGAAACACUCAGAGCCACCAAGCUUCGCUCCCGAUGUGCCAGCCCCAACCCUGACUGCUCACAGCGAGAUGGAGAGGUCAAGAAGUCCUCUGGUGGGGUUGCCGCCCCGGAGGUUAAACCCAGGGUGCGCCGCUUUGUACCAGACAUCCAGGAGAUCCGGGUCAGCCCCAUUGUGUCAAAGAAGGGCUACCUGCAUUUCCUGGAGCCUAAUACCAACGGCUGGGUGAAGCGUUAUGUGGUGGUGAGACGUCCGUACGUCUAUAUCUACAAUACAGAGAGAGACAGCGUGGAGAGAGCCAUCCUCAACCUCUCCUCUGCCCAUGUCAAGUACAGCGAGGACCAGCAGGCCAUGCUCAAGACCCCAAACACGUUUGCUGUGUGUACAGAGCACCGCGGUAUACUGCUCCAAGCCAGCAAUGACAAGGAGAUGCACGACUGGCUCUAUGCUUUUAACCCUCUCCUGGCUGGAUCCAUCAGAUCAAAACUCUCCAGAAGGAGAGCUGGACAGAUGAGGAUGUGAAACAAACAAUCGAACACCAACAACAACGUCUUAUAAAGAAUAUAGAAAACAUUUGAACGCAAAGAGACUAACCUGUAUAUAAAUCCCAGAUGACUCCUGUGCUUAUCCCACACCCCCCCCCUGUCCAUCCUACACUAGUAACCCGCUCUUCUUCCUUCUGCACACGCUCACUUUAUCACAAGCUGACCACCUGUGUAUCUGAGGCCUCCAUCAUCGUUGUGUGUCUGUCAGGCCUGUACUGCUUGUCUGUCUGUGUGGGCUUUAUCAUCUGGUUAACCCCUCUCCAAGGAUUGUGUCCCAAAUGGCACCCUAUUCCCUAUAUAGUGUGCUACGUUUGACCAGGACCCCAUAAGGGCUGGUCAUAGCUACUGUAUGAAUAACCCAUAGGGCUCUGGUCAAAACUAGUGCACUAUGUAGGGAAUAGGGUGCCAUUUGGGUCAAAAGUAGUGCACUAUAUAGGGAAUAGGGUUCCAUUUGGGUCAAAACUAGUGCACUAUAUAGGGAAUAGGGUUCCAUUUGGGUCUAUAGUAGUGCACUAUAUAGGGAAUAAGGUGCCAUUUGGGUCAAAACUAGUGCACUAUAUAGGGAAUAGGGUUCCAUUUGGGUCAAAAGUAGUGCACUAUAUAGGGAAUAGGGUGCCAUUUGGGAUGCUUCACGAACCUCGUCCUUACCUUUCGGAGCUGGUGGAACGGAGUAACGGGUAGUUAGUUACCAGUUCCUUAUUUUAUAGACAUUGUGAUGUACUCUGUAUGGCUAUGUCAUCAGCAAAACGUUGAGCUUAUUAAACAACACACGUUUAUUUCCUCGAGGAAAAGAAUAAAUAAAAUAAAAAUCAGGAGUGUUGACAGUAAA